UUCUAUCCCUAUGAUUACCGACUUUGGCAUGAUCGGGGUCUGCUCCUACAACUUACUGGCCUUGCACAACCUGCAAACUUCUGCUUUAAGCGGGCCCUGGACCUCUGCUCGGAGUGGGGAUCCAGCUGCGAGGACGUCGAUAAAGGUGGUCUAGCGAUUGUGAAAGCCCACUACUUCCUGUCUGCGUUUGUUUGGUAA